GAUGAAACAUGAGACGCUUGAAUGUAAGUUUUCUAAAAUAUUUGAAUUUAACUUUUGUUCUUGCUUAUCGAUGCAAAGCUGGCAAUGAAGACAACACCUUAGAUAUGUUCCUUUCAGAGUUGGAAUCAUGCAAUAUUUAUGAUUCUCCAAAAACAUCAGAAACUGAAAGCAAGAAGUCGACUGAUGCUGAUUUGGAUGUUCCUGGUAAACUUUUAUCCCAAAUAAAAUCCGAAGAAGCAAGAAAGCGCAAACUUGAGCAGGCUAUAGAAGAUGUCGAAGAAGAAAUAGAGGUUUUGAAGCAUGAGAAGGACCUCAUCACAAAGCGCAAUAAAUUAGAGCAGUAUUUGCCUACUUUUCCAGCUAAAUCGUUCCUGACAUCAGCUGAGUUAACGGUUGAGGGUUCUCCACAGAACUUCAUUCCAUCAAGUGUUGAGAAGCUUAGUGAGUUACCUUGCCUUCGUAGUUGCGGUUCUGCUGCAGUUGUGAGCUUAGUCGGCCAGGUUUGCAAGAAGCAAUCUCUUUCUCGCAUAGAAAAUAAGGAAAAUACAUCUCUGAAAGAUAGUUUGAUCUUUUUGGACUUUCAUAUCAACUAUGAGAUUGACUUCUUUGGGAAAAUAGUCCCUAGCACUGCUCUGGUGCGUGCCUUUGGUGUAACCUUCUGCACAUUCGCAGCGGAACACUUGAAUGAUGGGGACACGGUUCACGUGUUAGGUCAGUUGGUGCCUAAUUCAAACACGGAUCCCGUAUGUCUUAUGGUAUGUGUGUUUCCCGUUGGAGGGAAUAUUUCCGUAAUAAUACGUCGCCAAGAGUAAAUAUUUAAGAGACAUGGGGCUUGCCUGUUAAAUCACUUCUUUGGUUCACAAGGAUGUGAAGAAGCUGCGGAAUUUUUUUUCUGUUACA